AUGGAAAACAACAGCCUGGGAUGGUCCGGAGAUGUCAACGCGUCUCUUCAGAGUGAACUCGAUUCCUGCACCACAUUCAGGAACCAGGUCUUCCGCGUUUUUCUAUACGCCUUCCUCAUUGUUGGCAUCAUUUCCACAGUGGUUGGAAACUUCCUGGUUGUCUUGUCCAUUGCAUACUUCAAGCAGCUGCAGUCUCCCACCAACUCUUUCGUCAUGUCCCUCGCUGUGGCCGACUGCCUUGUUGGCCUGAUAGUGAUGCCUUACAGUAUGAUUCGGACCGUGGAGGGAUGCUGGCACUUUGGGUCCCUUUUUUGCAAGCUUCAUUAUAGCCUAGAUGUCAUGCUGUGCACUGCCUCCAUAUUCCAUCUCAGCUGCAUUGCCCUUGACCGUUAUUAUGCCGUCUGCGACCCCCUGAUUUACUCUUUAAAGAUGUCCCACAAUCGAGUAGCUUUCCUAAUCACCAUUUGUUGGGCUGUUCCCAUGCUCAUUUCCUUUGGCCCCAUAAUGUUAGAUCUCCAUGUUGCUCAUGUAGACAUACUGAUUCCUAAAGAUGUAUGCGUGUUCUUGGUCAGUCGCAUUUAUGCUGUCAUGGCGUCCGUGGUGGCCUUUUACUUGCCCAUGGCCAUCAUGCUCGUAGCCUACUGGAAGAUCUUCAGCGCUGCCAAACGGCAGGCCAGGCAGAUCAGCAUGAUGGAAGCCCAGAUGGCAGCCGGAGUGGGCAAAGACUCGAGCAAGAAAAAAAAACACCGAAACACCAUGAAGAGGGAACGGAAGGCAGCAAAGACUUUAGGUAUAAUCAUGGGUGUCUUCCUUAUUUUCUGGAUGCCUUUCUUCACGGUCAACAUUGUAGAUCCAUUCAUUGACUACAGCACAGAGGUGGUGGUCUGGGAUGUAUUUCUCUGGUUGGGAUACAUAAACUCCUCUCUAAAUCCCUUCCUGUAUGGAUUUUUCAACCGCUCCUUUUGUAGGGCAUUCCUGAUGUUCAUGGGCUGCAGGGUGUGCCUGCCUGGCUCUUCCCCCGGAAUGGAUUUAUCACACUAGAAAGAGGCAAAUGAAUGUACAAAUUAA